CGCCCGGCGGCGGAGCGCGGGGAUGCCGGAGAUCGGGAUCCGCCAUGUGGUGUCCGCGAGCAGCGCCGACCCGACUCACUGCGCCGAGAACCUGCUCAAGGCCGACACCUACCGCAAGUGGAAGGCGGCGCAGGCGGGCGAAAAGCAGCUGUCGGUCAUCCUGCAGUUCGAGAAGGAGGAGCGGAUCCACAGCAUCGAUGUGGGCAACGAGGGCUCGGCCUUCGUGGAGGUGCUGGCCGGCAGCUCCGCCUCGCCCAGCGAGCAGGACUAUGAGGUGCUGCUGGUCACCUCGUCCUUCAUGUCGCCCUCGGAGAGCAAGGCCGGCACCAACCUCAACCGAGUCCGGAUGUUCGGCCCGGACAAGCUGGUGAAGGCAGCAGCCGAGAAGAAAUGGGACCGGGUGAAAAUUGUCUGCACCCAGCCCUACACCAAGACCCUGGCGUAUGGGCUGUCCUUUGUGAAGUUCCACUCGCCGCCCGAAAAUAACGAAACCCAAUCAAAAUCUGCCUCCCCGAAGGUGACCAAGCUGGGCCAGUUUAAGGUGAAGGACGAGGACAGCAGUUCUGCCUCAAUGAGGCCCGGGGCCCUGUUCUUCAGCCGAGCUAGCAAACCGCUUCUCACGCCGCCCAGAGCCCCGCAGACGGAGGAACCGUCCCCCAGCUACGCUGUGGCCACCCUCCAGGCCAGCACACCCGGCGCCUCCUCCCCCUCCGCCACAGAGAAACCCGCCGCCAGGACCUCCCCCAGCCGCGCCGCGGCCUCCCCCAAGGAUCCGGUUCCCACCAAGAGGAAGUUUGAGUUCAGCAAGGAGAACUCAGCGCCCCCCUCUGCUCGGAAACCUGACGCCGAGGCCCCCCACCCCCCGCAGCCAGCCCCCAAGAAGCCCAAAGCCCCAGAGCCGCCCCCCCGCAGGCUGCCAGCCCCCAAGAAGCAGCCGAAGGAGCCGUCGCCGGAGGGGGCGGGAGAGGAUUUUCAUCGCCUCCUGCAGGGGACGGUCUUCGUGCUGAGCGGCUUCCAGAACCCCUUCCGCUCCGAGCUGCGGGACAAGGCGCUGGAGAUGGGCGCCAAGUACCGGCCCGACUGGACCCCCGACAGCACCCACCUCAUCUGCGCCUUCGCCAACACCCCCAAGUACAGCCAGGUGAAGGGGCGCGGGGGCACCAUCGUGCGCAAAGAGUGGGUGCUGGACUGCCACCGGGCCCGGCGGCGCCUGCCCUGCAAACGGUACCUAAUGGACGGGCCGCCCGCCUCGGGCAGCGAGGAAGAAGAGGAGAGCGAGGAAGAGCCGCCCGCCCGGACCCGCAAGACCCCCUCCCCCCGACAGAGAGCCGGGCUGCCCAGCUCCAAUCACCAGGGCAAGGCACCUGCCAGUGCCCAGCUGCCUCAGGGCGAGUCCUCAGGGGAGGAGACAGAGCCCGGCACAUCCUGGGCCAACGCCGGCAACUCGCGGGCCGGUGGGGAGAGCUCCCCUGCCUCCACGGACAGCGGGGAGCCCGCAGGGGCGAGAGACCACGGGGAGGGCGACUCCGGCGACACGGACGACGAGCUGAGGAGGGUGGAGGAGGAGCACCGCAAGAAGCAGCAAGCGGGUCGGGAGGCAACUCCGGACCCCGAUGACGACCCCUACGGCGGCUCCACGGACGAGAACACGGAUGUGGAGGAGGAGCCGGAUCAGCCCAUCCCGGAGCUGCCUGAUUUCUUCGUGGGCAAACGCUUUUUCCUGUAUGGAGAUUUCCCCUCCCAGGAACGACGCCUCCUGAAUCGCUACAUCACGGCGUUCAACGGGGAGGUGGAGGGCUACAUGAGCGAGCGGGUGAACUACGUCAUCACGGCCCAGGAGUGGGAUGACACCUUCGAGGAGGCUCUGAACGACAACGCCAACCUCUCCUUCGUCCGCCCUCGCUGGAUCUACACUUGCAACGAGCGUCAGCGGCUCAUCCCGCACCAGCCGUAUGUGGUGGUGCCGCGAGCGUAGGGCGGCGCUCGGGGAUCCCGCUGGCGCAGGGUGGCACGGACUCGGUGGGGCUGGCAGCUCUCCUGUGUACAGACGAGACGCUGGGCGGGGGCGGUUUUAGCUGUUCUUGGUCCCUGCCUCAGCCUCCUGUUCGCGUCAAUGUCAACAGCAGGGGCUGAGCUGGGCUGUGCCGGGGCAGGGCCGCCCCGAAUGUUCCCACCUCCCCUGGCCAGACUCCCUGUUCCCCUCAAUGUACCCCCCCGAUCUCCGAGGCCCUUCCCUCCGGGCUCCUCUACCCCCUUUUCCACCAGCGCUGUCAUUUCGUCGGGUUAAGCCUGGAUUGAGUCUGUGUGUGGACGCCCCCAAAGGGAUUUGAACCCGGCUUCUCGCUGUUCGCCUGCCCUACGAAUACAUGCCUUCGAACUGGUGUCUGCACCCACGUGGGCUCCCCUUGUGUCCAGUCCCCUUCACCCGCGUGGGCUUCU